AUGUUGUCAGCUCGUCCAGUCUUAAGAACUGCUGCUCGUUCAGCCUCUGUUGCUGUCAGAUCUUUAAGAGUUGCUCGUCCAGCUCAAUUAACCGCUAGAAGAUUUGCUUCUGCUAAAGCUGCUCCAACUGAAGUUUCUUCUAUCUUAGAAGAAAGAAUCAGAGGUGUUUCUGAUGAAGCUAACUUGAACGAAACCGGUAGAGUUUUAUCUGUUGGUGAUGGUAUUGCCAGAGUUUUCGGUUUAAACAACAUUCAAGCUGAAGAAUUAGUUGAAUUCGCUUCCGGUGUUAAAGGUAUGGCUUUAAAUUUAGAAGCUGAUCAAGUCGGGGUUGUGUUAUUCGGUUCAGAUGCUUUAGUUAAAGAAGGUGAAACUGUUAAAAGAACUGGUAAGAUUGUUGAAGUCCCAACUGGUCCUGAAUUAUUAGGUAGAGUUGUUGAUGGUUUAGGUAACCCAAUUGAUGGUAAAGGUCCAUUAAAUGCUUCUGCUUCUUCAAGAGCUCAAGUUAAAGCUCCAGGUAUUUUACCAAGAACUUCAGUUUUCGAACCUAUGCAAACUGGUUUAAAAUCUGUUGAUGCUUUAGUCCCAGUCGGUAGAGGUCAAAGAGAAUUGAUUAUUGGUGAUCGUCAAACUGGUAAAACCGCUGUUGCUUUAGAUACCAUUUUAAAUCAAAAAAGAUGGAAUGAUGGUGCUGAUGAAUCUAAAAAAUUAUACUGUGUUUAUGUUGCUGUUGGUCAAAAGAGAUCCACCGUUGCUCAAUUAGUUCAAACUUUAGAACAAAAUGAUGCUCUUAAAUAUUCUAUUAUUGUUGCUGCUACUGCUUCUGAAGCUGCUCCAUUACAAUAUAUUGCUCCUUUCACUGCUUGUGCUAUUGGUGAAUGGUUCAGAGACAAUGGUAGACAUGCUUUAAUUGUCUAUGAUGAUUUAUCUAAACAAGCUGUUGCUUAUCGUCAAUUAUCAUUAUUAUUAAGAAGACCACCUGGUAGAGAAGCUUACCCAGGUGAUGUUUUCUACUUACAUUCUAGAUUAUUAGAAAGAGCUGCUAAAAUGUCUGAUGCUAACGGUGGUGGUUCUUUAACUGCUUUACCAGUUAUUGAAACUCAAGGUGGUGAUGUCUCUGCUUAUAUUCCAACCAAUGUUAUUUCUAUUACUGAUGGUCAAAUUUUCUUAGAAGCUGAAUUAUUCUAUAAAGGUAUUAGACCAGCUAUUAAUGUUGGUUUAUCCGUCUCAAGAGUCGGUUCUGCUGCUCAAGUUAAAGCUAUGAAACAAGUUGCUGGUUCAUUAAAAUUAUUCUUGGCUCAAUAUAGAGAAGUUGCUGCUUUUGCUCAAUUCGGUUCUGAUUUAGAUGCUUCCACUAAACAAACCUUACAAAGAGGUGAAAGAUUAACUCAAUUAUUAAAACAAAAACAAUACUCUCCAUUAGCUGCUGAAGAACAAGUUCCAUUAAUUUAUGCUGGUGUUAACGGUUUCUUAGAUAAUGUUGCUUUAGAAAGAAUUGGUGAAUUUGAAGAAUCUUUCUUAGCUCACUUAAAAUCUAAUGAAACUGAAAUCUUAGAAGCUAUCAAGACCAAGGGUGAAUUAUCUAAAGAAUUAUUAGAAAAAUUAAGAGCCACCACUGAAUCUUUUGUUGCUACUUUCUAA